AUGUUGACAUUCCGCCAUGGGUUUCCUUUCUCCCCGACGGCGCUGGCGUGGGAUCCUAUUCAGAAGCUUCUGGCCAUCGGAGACAAAGGCGGCAACCUCAGACUACUAGGUGGUCCUGGCGUAGACGCACACGUGCGCCAUGAGGUGGGCGAAGCGGUUCUGCACGUCAAGUUCCUCAUCAACGAGGGUGCUUUAGUCACUGCGACCGCUGACGACCAGCUCCACCUCUGGACCUUCCGCCAGAAAUUGCCCCAGAGGGUCCAGUCACUCAAGUUUCAAAGAGAACGAUAUCACAUCAAACUAUCACGACAGACUAAAGAACUGAAGGGGAUAACCUGCCUGCACUUGCCUCUGCAGUCGAAAUGGAUCCACGUGGGAACAGAGCGCGGGAACGUGCACGUGGUCAACAUAGAGACGUUUGCCCUCAGUGGCUACGUCAUCAACUGGAACAAGGCCAUCGAAGUGACGAGGCCGAAUCACCCCGGCGCCGUCGUUGACGUCAGCGAGAACCCGCUAGACGCCAGCAAAUUAGUAAUCGCGUUCGAAAUGGGUCUGGUUGUCGUUUGGGACUUACGCGCGCGUGCAGCGGAAUGGCGCGGGUAUUUGGGCACUGGAGGCCCCGGGGACGCCGUGCGCGCUGCAGCCUGGCAACACGAUGGCAAGCUGAUGACCGCCCACGCGGAUGGGGCCCUCGCGACCUGGAGCAUGCGGUCUCCUAGACCGACUUCAUUGUCUUACCCACAUGCAAAAGCGAAUAAAGACGGAAAACCGGAACCAUGCAAACCGAUACUCCGAUUAGAAUGGAAAACUUCGAGAACUGGAGAAAGUCUCGUGAUCUUCUCCGGAGGCCUGCCGACCGACAAGGCUGGUCGGACGCACAGUAUCACAGUUCUCAACGGAAAGAGCACCACCGUGCUAGAGAUGGAACACAGCGUGGUCGACUUUGUUACCCUUUGCGAGAGCCCUCAUGCAGCUGAUUACCAGGAACCGUACGCGAUAGUCGUGCUUCUGCAAAAUGAUCUGGUCGUGAUCGACCUGCUGACCCCCGGCUACCCCUGCUUCGAGAAUCCCUACCCUAUGGACAUACACGAAUCGCCCGUCACCUGCUGCUGUUACUUCGCUGAUUGCCCUUCGGACUUGAUUCCAGCAUUCUACUCGGUCGGGCGGCAAGGCAACAAGAAGGCAGCCGGCUUCAGUGAGAAGUUGUGGCCUAUCAACGGGGGGGAGUGGGCGCCUGCGUCCUGUUCCUACAGUGAAAUUAUUCUGACUGGACACGCAGACGGCAGUGUGAAAUUUUGGGAUGCGAGUGCAGGGACUUUACAAAUUUUGUACAAAUUAAAAUGUUCUAAAGUGUUCGAGCGGCGCGCGGGCUACGAGGAGGAGUCCCCGCUGGCCAUCCAGCAGGCGGCGCUGUGCGCGGAGUCCCGCCGCCUGUGCGUGGCGCUGCCGCACGGCCACGUGGUGCUGUUCAAGUUCCGCAAGACCGAGCAGGCCGCCGAGACGCACGUAGUAGAAAUUCCGGUAAUCAGUGAUGCGGUGGAAGAGGAAACGUCUCCAGAAGUGGAAAGCACUAGAUCUGCCUCUUUCAGCAGAGGUGGAGAGAGCGUUGAAGGCGAGGGCCGGAAGACCGCCCCGGGUGCGCUCCGGGUGCGCAGCAGCGCCGGGGCGGGCGGGGCGGGCGGGUCGCGGCGCUCGGCCGGCUUCCAGGCGGCGCUGGUGGCGCUGCAGCAGGGCGCGCCGCACCCCGUCACCGCGCUCACGCUCAACUCCUCGUACGGCCUCAUGGCGUGGGGCGGCGAGCGCGGCGUGGUGGUGCUGGACGUGUGGCGGCGCUGCGUGCUGGCGGCGCUGCCGGCGCACGCGCUGUACCUGCCGCACCCCGAGCUGCGCGCCGAGCGCCGCCGCUCGCCCGACCUCGACCAGUUGGAGGAGUCACCGGCCAGCCCCGAGCCCGCCGAGGAAGCUCUACCGGACCCGAAACUUGACACGAGACGCAAAUCCACUCCGUGGAAGACCUUCAAUCUAAAACGACAGCUGUCUAAAGUUGACCUUAAAUUAAAAGCUGCCUUUGCGCCUCCAGAAAACGAAGAAGCAAUCGAAAAAUCAAACUCUCAGUUCUAUUCCGAUACGACCGGUACCGGUACAUCCGAGGUAGUCAUUGAAUCCAGCACCGAAUCGCCCGAUGGCGAGGAGAUGGGAGAGAAAAAAGUAGAAGAAGACAAAAGCCAACUUUCGUCACCCUUAAGAGUCUGUUCCGACGUUUUCGAAAGAAUGCAUAGAGAAUUACAAGAGAAACGAUCGGCGGACGUCUACGACAGAAUGCACAAGGAACUGCAGGAAAGGUGGCAAGAUAAAGAACGCGGCGAGACGACACCCGAUAUUUCUCCCUCUCAAAUCGGUGAUGACGAAAAAGCGACCCGACCCGAUAAUCUUCCGCUCUUCGACGAAGACGGGAAGCCGCUACGACCGCCUCGUUCGAAAGGAAAGAAAAAAGAGGAUCCGACCAGGGACCAAAGAGACCAGAGAUUGCUGUCGGUGCCGAAUAUAAAGUACAGCAAGCAGGAAUCGGUAAAAGACCUGCGGAAGAAGCAGGCGACGAGCCAGCAGUCGCAGUCGUUCGCCGGGAACCUGAUGCGGCGUUUCAGAGAGUUUCUAGCGAGACUUUGCCCGAGAAUCGAACGAAAUGUCGAAGAGGAAACAAACGAGCAAGUAAUAGAAGUGCCCGAGAUUAUAGACAAGCUGGACAGCUCGUUCUCGCGGUCGCGCUCCAGCUCCAUGUCCAGUCUUGAGAACAUAUCGCAGGAGGGUAUCCAGUGCCUCGCCUUCGCCGACAGCUACACGAAGAGAUCCGAUCCUACGACGUUGCUGCCGACGCUGUGGAUUGGAACGACACUCGGCUCAGUGCUAACGAUGAUGAUCAGCUUGCCGGAGGCCGACCUGCGACACACGCAACCAGUCGUCGUAUCCACGAGUGGUGGUCCCAUAUUUAGGUUAAAAGGUUCAAUAUUGGCAAUGUCAUUUUUGGACUGUAAUGGUGCUUUAAUUCCCUACUCGUACGAGAGCUGGAAGGACGACAGUAAAGAUGGCCGGGAGCGGCGCGAGCGCACGCCCACGAAGCAGGGCUCCGCGGGCAGCCACACGAGCCCCACGCCGGCGCCGGGCGCGGAGGCGGCGGCCGACCGCCAGUUCGUGGUCAUCGCCUCGGAGAAGCAGGCGCGCGUCGUGGCGCUGCCCAGCCAGAACUGCGUCUACCGCCAGCAAAUCGUCGAUACGGACUUCGUCGUAAAAUCUGAGAUCGUCAGCUUGAAAGAUAGCGUAUGUCUAGUCAACUACUUGUCGACGGGCCACCUGGCAGCGUACAGCCUUCCCUCCCUGCGGCCACUCGUGCACGCAGACUUUCUGCCACUAUCCGAACUCAGCUUCCAGACACAGUCCAAACAGAGGGGUAUCGUAGACCCUAUGCUCUCCAUAUGGGGCCAGCAACUGAUAGUUAACGAGGACACGGACCAAAUAGCGAAGACUUUCUGCUUCAGCAACCGCGGGCACGGCCUGUACCUCGCCUCGCCCACCGAGAUACAGAAGUUCACCAUUGACGCUGAAUUCUGUCAGCAGCUAAACGAAAUGAUCGGCGAGUUGUUCCUGCCGCGUGACAUGCCCGAGCCGCCCAAGGAGAGUUUCUUCCGGGGUUUGUUCGGCGGAGGGUCCCGGCCGCUGGACAGGGAGGAGCUAUUCGGCGAGAGCAGCGGCAAGCCAUCCCGUGCGGUGGCCAAGCACGUGCCCGGCGCCGCGCGCGUGCAGGCCGUGACCGGCGAGGUGGCGCGCGCGCACCAGCAGGUGCUGGAGCGCGGCGACAAGCUGGGCCAGCUGGACGAGCGCGCCGAGCGCAUGGCCUCGCAGGCCUCCGAGUUCUCCAGCUCCGCGCACCAGCUCAUGCUCAAGUACAAGGACAAGAAGUGGUACCAGCUGUGAGCCCCGCGCGCCGCCGCAGCCGAGCUCUGUCCCGUUCGACUACUUGGCACUUUUUAUAGAUACGAUACGAGCGAUGAUUGGAUCGCCGCAGUCGUCGAAACGUGUCGACCCGUGUAAAGUAAUGUUUAUAAAUAAAUGGAUAAUUAUAAAAGUGAGCUAUUGAAAUUUUAAGCAUUGGAUGACAAUAAUUUUGUUACACUU